GCCGGGCACUGGGCGGCCGGGCGCGGACGGGGCCGGUGGGGACCGGGCGCCUCGUGGCCGAGCAUGGCGGGCUCGCUGCCUCCCUGCGUGGUUGACUGCGGCACCGGGUAUACCAAGCUUGGCUACGCAGGCAACACUGAGCCACAGUUCAUUAUUCCAUCAUGUAUCGCCAUCAGAGAAUCUGCAAAGGUAGUUGAUCAAGCCCAGAGGAGGGUGUUGAGAGGCGUUGAUGACCUUGACUUUUUCAUAGGGGAUGAAGCCAUUGAUAAACCUACCUAUGCUACCAAGUGGCCUAUACGUCAUGGCAUCGUUGAAGACUGGGAUCUUAUGGAAAGGUUCAUGGAACAAGUGGUCUUUAAGUAUCUUCGUGCUGAACCCGAAGACCACUAUUUUUUAAUGACAGAACCUCCACUGAACACACCAGAAAACAGAGAAUACCUUGCAGAAAUCAUGUUUGAAUCAUUUAAUGUACCAGGACUCUACAUUGCAGUUCAGGCAGUGCUGGCUCUGGCGGCCUCUUGGACAUCCCGGCAAGUUGGUGAACGCACACUGACAGGGAUAGUCAUAGACAGUGGAGAUGGUGUCACUCAUGUUAUCCCAGUGGUGCCCCAGAGGUCAGAGGCCUCCGAAGCCCUGGAAUUGGAGUUACAGGUGGUUGCAUGCCGCCCGAUGCCUCAGCCUGCUGCAAGAGCAGUAUAUGAUCCUAACCACUGGGCCAUUUCUCCAGCCCCUACACCUCAUUUUAAAAUGCAAAGACUUUCAAAGCAGACGCUGAGCCUGAUGGCCAACUGUUGGGCAGAGUGCAUGGAAUCUUAUGCGGAAGGUUAUGUAAUUGGAAGCUGCAUCAAACACAUCCCCAUUGCAGGUAGAGAUAUUACGUAUUUCAUUCAACAGCUGCUAAGGGAGAGGGAGGUGGGAAUCCCUCCUGAGCAGUCGCUGGAGACAGCAAAAGCCAUUAAGGAGAAGUACUGUUACAUUUGCCCUGAUAUUGUCAAAGAAUUUGCGAAGUAUGACGUGGAUCCCCGGAAGUGGAUCAAACAGUACACGGGGAUCAAUGCGAUCAACCAGAAGAGGUUCAUUAUAGACGUUGGUUAUGAACGGUUCCUGGGACCGGAAAUAUUCUUUCACCCUGAGUUUGCCAAUCCAGACUUUAUGGAGUCCAUCUCGGAUGUUGUUGAUGAAGUCAUACAGAACUGUCCCAUAGACGUCCGUCGGCCGCUGUAUAAGAACGUCGUUCUUUCUGGAGGCUCUACAAUGUUCAGAGAUUUUGGACGUCGUCUGCAGAGAGACCUGAAAAGAGUGGUGGACGCCAGGUUGAAGCUGAGCCAAGAGCUCAGUGGAGGCAGGAUAAAGCCCAAGCCCGUGGAGGUGCACGUGGUAACGCACCACAUGCAGCGCUACGCCGUGUGGUUCGGGGGCUCCAUGCUGGCCUCAACCCCGGAGUUCUUUCAGGUCUGUCACACCAAGAAGGACUACGAGGAGUACGGCCCCAGCAUCUGCCGCCACAACCCCGUCUUUGGAGUCAUGUCCUAGUGUCUGCCUCGGAGCCAUCAUCGUCUGACGGUGUCUUGCUGGGGAAUAAGUGUCCUUCAGAACCCAGAGCAGCCACGGCGCCUGUACAUAGCAGUGUGGAAUGUGUGAGCAGCGCCCGCCCUUUCGUCACCAGUGCGUGGGGCUGGGCGCGCUCUUCCCAUUAAGCCAUUUAUUCAGUGCGACUGUUCGUGGCCCUCCACCCGUGGCUCUCCUCUCCUUCCCCUCCCACCCUCUCUCCUUUCCACCUGAGCUUCUAGUAAAGCUCCGAAGGAGUCCAUCAUUACAACCUUAGAAACUACUAGAGGAACCAGGAUGCAAAGUGGUUUCUCCAGAACAGAAUGUAGGGUGGAGGAACCCGGGCCCUCCCAGCCUAUUUUUGUAAAUAAAAUGUUAUAAACUUGAAAUACAAAUUGAUGUUUAUAUUUCCUAUCAUUUUGUAUUUUAUGGUAUUUGGUAUAACUGGCUAAUCCUGAGCAUGGGCAGGUCUGGAUGUCACGGAGUUCUGUACUCAAGUGCUUCAUUGUGAGGCAUCUUCUGAUAUGUGUAUAGGCCAACAAAGCAGCAGGCUUUCUUCCUCGUGUCUGCUGGGAAGUGAUCACAUGGUUUUGGGGUGCUGUGAUGUCUGAGCACUAAACACUGUUGUGUGAGAGUUGCUAAAGAUGUCCCUGAGCUUCCGGGAGCUGUUUUCCAGAAGAUGAUGACGUACUGUUGCCGAGUGCGGAUGAAAUGCUAUCCGAUGUUGUAAUAAAAGCUGCUA